AUGGAGGACAUCUGCGUCUUAAAUUUGCUACCAUUUGCAUCUCUCUCUGUUGAAAAUUAAUAUCCCAGAUAAAAUGAAUUAAGUGACUCAUUAAGCAGUUAAGGAACUAAUAAUUAGGGGGAAUAAUCAUGUACUUUAAACGAAACGAGCAAGAAGUCUUAAGUCACUAAAAAGAAAAUCAGCAAGGAGCAGCCUUAGGAUGUAAAAAAAAAUCAAGGACAUUGGUCAACUCAAGAACAUCUAAUUUAUGUUGAGUUCCUCAAACAACAUCAAAACACAACUAUGCAAAAUCAAUAAAAUAGAAAAAAUAACAAAAUCUUCAAACUCAUGUCAAUGACCAUUGGGACUAGAUCCCCUUCACAAUGCAGAUCCCACCAUUAAAAAUUCAAUCCAUUUACAUUGGCUGGGCAAAAGAGAAACAAGAAGAACAAGAAGAGAAUCAAUGCUGAAAACAUAACAUAUGCUAACGAAGUCUAAUAGUACUACACGCCAGAAAUCAAAUCUCAAAUAAACCCCUGUCACUUCGAGUACCUGUCUAACAAUGAAGACUCCCGUCCUUAGUUAUAAAACUUUUGUUGUAACUCUAAUGAUGACAGUGAUAACUGCUAUCGAAAUGAUUACUAGUACCUGGAGGAGCUAAUUAAUUGAAGUAGAUUGUAUUAUAUUUGUUCUGUUUUAAAUAAGUUUAUAUCAUAAUCAAAGUAUAUA